GUUGCUAGACCAUAUAGGAAGACUCACCAAAACUUGAAAAAAUGAAGUUCUUUUGGUCCGGUGUAGUCUUCCUUGCCUUGUACUUUUUUUGUGAACUUGUUGCAAGUGACUACAGCGAAUCUAUGAUGCCCUCAAAAGAAAUGAGAAACAGGGUGCAUCGUACCAUGAGAGUGAACAUGCGAGUGGGAAAAAGAUACGGAGAUUCCGAGUAUGACGAAGAAGCCCCAAAACGCAAACUGCGCAUGAUAAUGCGCACCGGAAAACGCACACAAAACACACCACCACAACCCUACACCGUCAAAGAUUUACUUGCAGAUUUCAAACGAUCUUCGCCUCAAUUCCUCCUCAACCCCCGUGUCGGAAAAAACGACCAACAAUGGAAAAUCCGUGCAAUGGAAAAUUUGAGUAAACGCAGCGACCCUAAAGCUACGGAUUUGUGGUUCGGACCCCGAAUAGGCAGAGCCAACGAGGAAUUAGUUGAAGAUUUUCCAUGGAAUUAUGUUGUUUUAAACGGUAACAGGCUGUCAAAUUCCAACGAACCAGAAGAGCAACAAAACGAAGAAACAACAGAAUAACCUUUUGUGUAAAUUAUUAUAAUUGUUGAUAUGUUUUCUUUUGUCAUUGUAAAUGACACCUGUCAAUUUUAAGCACCUUUAUGACAUUGUCAAAUAAAUUGAGGCUGGAACGCAGUUGUCAGAACACUGCGUUAUUUAUUUAUGGCAAUUUCGUAUUGUUUAAAUUAAUAAAAAC